UUUUCAUGUGGAGUAAGUCCAGCACUUUGUCGGUACUUGGUGGAGACUGGUGCGACAGUAUCUAAAAAAAUAAAAAAAAAUCAACAUGUUCGGCGGAUCUAUUGCAUCAACGGAUUUCCAACUAAUUAAAAGGCGCCUAAAAAAUUUCGCCAAAGAACUCAGAGACUUGGGCGCCAAGCAGCUGACAUCUCGUGAAGAGCGCCGUCUGCUUGAAAGAUAUCUAGAGAUUAUUUACAUUAUUGAGUGCAAGAAAGGCAAGAUUUCUCCAAACGAAUACGAAAAGUUGUGGGCCAAGGUAGACGAAUUUCGACAAACUCUUCAGCAUUUUGGAUUUUUUGAAAUGGAACCACCGACGAACAGAGAGGUCGAUGAACCAGACAAACAGGUGGAAGAAAACAAGCAUAAUUUAAGGUCCGCCACAGCAGGAAAGGGUGGCGAAGAACAUACAGAAAAGAGCGAUUCGUCUAACCCCAGUGAUGAGUACUUUGAAAUCAAAACCCACCUGGAAAAUUUGAUAACAUUUUCUAAGAAUGUGGAUUCUGUAAGUACAGAGGAUUGGUUAAUACAACAAAAACAACUUUUUGCAAAUAUAACACAGAACAAACUUCUUUCUGACAAAGAACGCAUUGAGUUGUUAACUUUAUGCAACCAACAUAAAACGGUCCUUGAAAGUACAAAAAGAAAGGCCAAGGAUGAGGACCUACUGGAACAUUAUGUUGCCACAGGUACACAACAUUAUAAAACGUUUUCUACAAAUUAUUCCGUGCAGAACUCUGGGUCUUGGAGCAAACCCUCCGGUGAUUCUAAAUCAAGUAGGGGAACUAGGGGCUUGUUGUAACAGGGGUAAGUUGUAACACUAAAUUUUUACCCACAAUUUAAACUCUUUAACGUCAGGUAUUUUACUGAAUUUAAUUCUUGCACCAUAAGACAUCAUGUCAUCACAACCACUGUUCCUUGAGC